GCUGAGAUGAAUCUCUCGACGCGAGCAUCUCUCGAAUCGCCACCUCCGCAGCGCUCAGCACAAACGUUCAAAAGCACUUGGUCCUCUUUUUGAAGAACAUUAUGGCCUCAACUUACGACCGAGUCAUUAAUUUCGGUGCAGGGCCGUCUGCCCUACCCGUCUCCGUCCUGGAGGAGGCGUCGAAAGGCCUCCUCAAUUUCCAAGGCACGGGCAUUGGCAUUGCAGAGAUAUCUCACCGCUCGAAGGAGUUCCAGGCGUUCUUGUUAAACAUGGAGUCGCUCAUCCGUGAACAGCUAGAUGUGCCCCUAACACAUCGCAUCCUCUUCACACAAGGCGGCGGGUCUGCCCAGUUCUCCGCGGUCGUGCUCAACUUCCUGGCACGCUAUCGUCUCCUCCAUCCUGAGCGCGGACCAGAAGAGACUGUCAUGGACUACGUCGUGACUGGAUCGUGGAGCAAAAAAGCCUCUGAGGAAGCAAGGCGACUUGGUGGAGGACGAGUGAACGUCGUCGUCGAUUCGAGACAGUUUUCGGAAAGCGGAAGGGCAUUCGACAAUAUACCUCUUCACGACACGUUCAAUUUCUCCCCCGAUCCCGCCCUCGUCUAUUACUGUGAAAACGAGACGGUGGACGGUGUCGAGUUCUCGCACGAAGACUCUUCGCCUGCAUCUUUCCCUUUCCACAAGCUUGGGAAGGACGGACACCUUGUGCCCCUUGUCGCAGAUUACUCUUCCUCAUUCAUGUGCCGCCCCAUUCCACAUCUCGCCGACCACGCUGUCAUCUAUGCCGGAGCUCAGAAGAAUAUUGGUCCUGCUGGCCUCACAAUUCUUAUCGUCCGAGAAGACUGUGUCGUGGACGUUGAUGCAGCAGCGAGAUUAGGCGCUGCCCCGGUGCCGAUCAUGAUGGCGUACAAGACGCUUGCAGACUCUGGUAGUCUGUACAACACGCCAUGCGUGCUGCCAAUAUACAUCUCAGGCCUUGUGCUAGAAAGAAUGAAGGCGCGUGGCGGUCUGAAGCACUACGAAGAGACAAACAAACGGAAGGCGGAGAAGGUGUAUGCUGCGCUCAAGGAUGGUGAGGCGAAAGGCAAGUUGCGGAGGAAGGUCAAGCCGGGCUCAGGUAGCUGGAUGAAUGUCGUCUUUGAGGUUGUUGGUCCAGAUGCGGAGAAGAAGUUCCUCGAGGGCGCAGAGCAGAAGGGCAUGAAGGGGCUGAAAGGGCAUAGAUCCGUUGGAGGGGUCCGUGUAUCGCUGUACAACGCCAUCACCGAAGCGGAAGUCGAUCAGCUCGUCGACUACAUGAAAGAGUUUAUCGCGUCUGCGUAGAGCGCGCCGGUGAUCGCUAU